AUGACUGAAAUAGAGCUAAAUGUAGAUCAUUUGAUUGCUCGUUUAUUAGAAGUAAGAGGAUGCCGCCCUGGAAAAAUUGUACAGAUGUCGGAGUCGGAAGUUCGAAGCCUUUGUUUAAAAUCUAGAGAAAUAUUUUUACAACAACCGAUAUUAUUAGAACUUGAAGCUCCAUUAAAAAUAUGUGGUGACAUUCAUGGACAAUAUACGGAUCUCCUCAGAUUAUUCGAAUAUGGCGGUUUUCCUCCCGAUGCAAAUUAUUUAUUUCUCGGAGAUUAUGUUGAUCGUGGCAAACAAAGUUUAGAAACAAUUUGUUUACUUUUGGCAUAUAAAAUAAAAUAUCCAGAAAAUUUCUUUUUACUAAGAGGAAAUCACGAGUGCGCCAGUAUUAAUAGAAUAUAUGGAUUUUACGAUGAAUGUAAACGCCGAUAUAAUAUUAAAUUAUGGAAGAUAUUUACUGAUUGUUUUAAUUGUUUACCAAUAGCAGCCAUUAUUGAUGAGAAAAUAUUUUGUUGUCAUGGCGGUUUAUCACCCGAUUUACAAGGAAUGGAACAAAUCAGAAGAAUAAUGAGACCCACUGACGUACCCGAUACUGGUUUACUUUGUGAUUUACUAUGGUCUGACCCGGAAAAAGAUGUACAAGGUUGGGGAGAAAAUGAUCGCGGAGUUUCAUUCACGUUCGGAGCUGAUGUCGUAGCAAAAUUUUUAAAUAAACACGAUUUGGAUUUGAUAUGCAGAGCUCACCAGGUCGUGGAAGACGGUUAUGAAUUUUUUGCUAAAAGACAAUUGGUUACGUUAUUUUCGGCGCCAAAUUAUUGCGGAGAAUUUGAUAACGCCGGAGGUAUGAUGUCGGUCGAUGAAACGCUCAUGUGUUCCUUUCAGAUAUUGAAACCGUCUGAAAAGAAAGCCAAGUAUCAGUAUACGGGAAUGAAUUCGGGUCGACCUGGAACGGGAGCGGGAAAGAGAAAAUAA